CGCUCGCUCGCAAGAUGGCGGACGAGGACGGGGAAGGGAUUCACCCUUCAGCCCCUCACAGAAACGGAGGCGGCGGCGGCGGCGGGGGGUCCGGGCUUCACUGCGCGGGGAACGGCGGCGGGGGAGGCGGCGGCCCGCGGGUCGUACGCAUCGUCAAGUCCGAGUCCGGCUACGGCUUCAACGUUCGGGGCCAAGUGAGCGAGGGCGGGCAGCUGCGGAGCAUCAACGGGGAGCUGUACGCGCCGCUGCAGCAUGUGAGCGCCGUGCUGCCCGGGGGGGCGGCCGACCGGGCCGGGGUGCGCAAGGGGGACCGCAUCCUGGAGGUGAACGGCGUGAAUGUUGAGGGGGCGACACACAAGCAGGUGGUGGACCUGAUCCGAGCAGGCGAGAAGGAAUUGAUCUUGACAGUGUUAUCUGUACCUCCACAUGAGGCAGAUAACCUAGAUCCCAGUGACGACUCGUUGGGACAAUCAUUUUAUGAUUACACAGAAAAGCAAGCAGUGCCCAUAUCGGUCCCCACAUACAAACAUGUGGAGCAGAAUGGUGAGAAGUUUGUGGUAUACAAUGUUUAUAUGGCAGGGAGGCAGCUGUGUUCUAAGCGGUACCGGGAGUUUGCCAUCCUACAUCAGAACCUGAAGAGAGAGUUUGCCAACUUUACAUUUCCCCGACUUCCAGGGAAGUGGCCAUUUUCUUUAUCAGAACAGCAACUAGAUGCCCGACGUCGGGGGUUGGAGGAAUAUCUAGAAAAAGUGUGCUCAAUACGAGUCAUUGGUGAGAGUGACAUCAUGCAGGAAUUCCUAUCAGAAUCCGAUGAGAACUACAAUGGUGUCUCCGAUGUAGAGCUGAGAGUAGCACUACCAGAUGGAACGACUGUUACGGUCAGGGUUAAAAAGAACAGUACUACAGACCAAGUAUACCAGGCUAUUGCAGCAGAGGUUGGCAUGGACAGUACGACAGUGAAUUACUUUGCUUUAUUUGAAGUGAUCAAUCAUUCCUUUGUACGUAAGCUGGCACCUAAUGAAUUUCCUCAUAAACUCUACGUCCAGAACUACACGUCAGCAGUGCCAGGCACCUGCUUGGCCAUUCGAAAGUGGCUUUUUACCACAGAAGAAGAAAUCCUCCUAAAUGACAAUGACCUUGCUGUUACCUACUUUUUUCAUCAGGCUGUUGAUGAUGUGAAGAAAGGUUACAUCAAGGCAGAGGAAAAGUCCUACCAAUUACAGAAGCUGUAUGAACAAAGGAAAAUGGUCAUGAUUGGUUUGAUUCCCAUCUGGGAAGCAAGUGAAAGAAGAGACAGACCUUCAGGCCUUUACCUCAACAUGCUAAGAACUUGUGAGGGCUACAAUGAAAUAAUCUUCCCCCACUGUGCCUGCGACUCCAGGAGGAAGGGGCACGUCAUCACAGCCAUCAGCAUCACGCACUUUAAACUGCAUGCCUGCACUGAAGAAGGACAGCUGGAGAACCAGGUAAUAGCAUUUGAAUGGGAUGAGAUGCAGCGAUGGGAUACAGAUGAAGAAGGAAUGGCCUUCUGCUUUGAAUAUGCACGAGGAGAGAAGAAGCCUCGAUGGGUUAAAAUCUUCACACCAUACUUUAAUUAUAUGCAUGAAUGCUUCGAGAGGGUGUUCUGUGAACUCAAGUGGAGAAAAGAGAACAUUUUCCAGAUGGCGAGGUCACAGCAGAGAGAUGUGGCCACCUAGCCUUUCCUCACCCCCUUCUCUUCACCUUCAUCCUCUCACCCCUUUCGUCUUCUAUGUCAGACAGAGUAACCAUUAACAUAAAAGAAGAGAAAAAAGGAAAAAAGUCAUUAUGUUCAAAAGCCCUAAACUAAAUACUAUUAAUAAUCCCUCUGAAUGUCAUGUCUCUGGAAUUGAGCUGGUAGAGAACAACAAAUUGGUCAGCACCAGGACUCAGCUGAGUUAAGACAGGAAAAUAAGCCCAACAACGCGCCAAAGGUAUCUUUGUCCUUUCACCUGGGCCUCAUACCAACAGACUCUCCUUGUACUAUAUUUUUAAAACUGGAACUAUGAACUCCAUCCAUUUGCACUGUUCAGACAUAUAUAUGUAUGUAUGUAAAAAUUAUAUAUACACAAAUUAGCUGCACGUAUAUACAUAUAUAUAUUUCUUUUUAAAUUUCAUAUUGAUGGCAGUACCUUUUUUAGCUUGUGUUUUUACACACCUUUCACUAGAAUUCAUGACUUCUCUCUUGCUCUCUUUAUUUUGAAACAAACUUUAAAAAGGAAAAAAAAAAUAUUUUACCAGGAAAAUACCUCUCCUCAUGAAGGACUCAAAAAGUUUACAACCUGCUUGGGUUUUUUCCCCCCUUUUUUGUAUUGAGUGAAGAUUCUGGCUCAUGGGUUGCCAUAGAGUCUGAGGAGCAAGGAGCAUAGUUUCUUUAUCUUCCAAGAGGCUGCUGAGGAGGAGAAAGAGGAGUGUCUCUCAAGGGCAGCAAGGCUUACAGAUCUGCAGGGAGAGUCUAAAGACUUGGUGUGGUCCUUGAUUCCAAGACAACUUUCCUGGUCCAUCUCUCUCUCUCUCUUCCACUCAUGGCUUUCUAGCCACAUUCCACAUCUCCUCACUUCCUGAGGGCCCCACUCACUUCUGGGCCUCCACUGGCCUAGAAUGGAAGGGAAGGCCAGCUCAGGAGGUGGAUGCCACAGGAAGCUGAAACAUUUUGUGGUUGUAAUUUCCCAUUUCCCUGCCAUUUCUGAAGCUGGCUGAGUACUAGGGACCAGAGUUAAAGCCAAUACCUUUAGGCACAAAGAUUGGACUUAGGUAGUUUAGGCACAGAGAUUGGACUUGGGUAGGGGAAAGGAAGGAAGAAAUGCCCCAAGUACCUAAGCUCUUCCCUAUCCAUUCCUGACCAAUAACCACCCAUAACCAUUACAUUCUCAGUGAUUUCCUUAAACAACCACGUUGCGGAGGGAUCUGACAAUAUCCCUCAAGGCCUUGGGGAAACUUGGAAUGAGUCAGUAGUCUGUGCCAACCAAACCGGUGCCCAUCCAAGCCAGCUGAGGACCCAGGAAGGACCAGUAGGAAUAUGGUUGAUGUGAAUUGGAUCUCAGCUUUGAAUGAAAAGGAAACUGAAGGGAAGCCUUUUUGUCCCUCAAAGAGCUCCUCAUCUCACCUUGCGGUUUGAGCUUUUGAGACCUGAGAGUUGCAUUCUAGGACCCGAGGGCCGGGCUGACCAGGCGGGGCAGUACUCUCAGCCCCAGGCUCUGUAGAUACUGCAUUGUGAGCUGAAGUUGGGCUCUGAUGCAACAGAAACACAUCUGUGAGCCUUCUUUUCUCUUCUCUACCUUCUAAACAAAAACCUCCAUUGGGUGGCAGCUUUUGUCUAACUGGGAGGCAACCAUACUUGGUUUAACCACUCCAUUGAGCAGUGGUAGGGUGGUUUGAAGUUUCUUUUUUGGUAAUUUGUUUUUGCAGAUUGUUGUGAGGCCACUUUUAUUUCUCUCUCACUCUGUUAUCCUGGCAGCUGCUUGCCCCAGGACAGUGUGGCAUCGUACAGGACACUUGUCUGCCCUUUCCUUCUCCAAAUCUAGGUAGAAUCACAGAAUGCAGAACGUAGGAAUGCUGAAUGUUUAAAGAUACAGAGAACGAUCCUUGAUUUGAAAGUUUUGAUACAGGAUUAAGUUCUUUUGGCUUAAAUAAAUUUAAUAAUGAGUCAAAGAGCCCUAGAAAGAAGAUAUGCUGAUUCUCACUCCAAGAUGCUAAAAGAAGCUUUUGGCACCAGUUUUGUUUAGACUGUAAACAUAGCAGCAGUUUGCCCCUAUUCCCUCAUAGUAGGAGAAGAAUAAACAAAUCUGGAGGCCAUGCAGUAUCCCAGUUACUGACCUCCUGUUGUGAGAUGUGAGAUGUGGGGGAAUGCCGUUAGGAUGGAUGCCCUUGGGGUAGGUGGAUGCUGCUCUGGUCCCUUCAUGGCAGAGCAUUCAUUCACUUGGUGCUUUGGAGACUGGGCAAGAGCCCUGUAGGUAUUGGCUUGUUGGCAGAAUCUGUUUAGGAACAGCCCCUACUGUGGCUGUACCACUAGCAAAGCACCCAUUUGCAGCAAGGAGGGGGAAGGAGGGAGCCCCUAGGACAGCACCUUCUCUUCUUCUACCCACAGCAGGCCUCCUGGACCAGGGCAGAGGUCACUGUGGCUCCAUAGGGUCAACAUCUUUUUUUGCAUGAAGCAGUGUUAGUGUGACACUCCUUUCCCACCUUGCUCUGUACUUCUUUCCCUAAUCCCUGUUAUCUUUCUUUGUCCUGGAUUCUGUCCAGGGAGCCAUCUGCCCAGUUUUCUUUUGCAGUUUGUCUCUGGUGAAUAGAGGGGCUUCCAUGCCCCUCUGCUUUGCCCUUGCAGAGCCAGCAGGAUCUUCCUGAUCUGUUGUCCUUCCCCUCUGCACCCAGUUUCUAUCCUUUUUGGUAAAAUCUCCAAGUUUUGUAUAGAUCAGGAGAAAAUGCAGGCCCUGAGAAACCUGUCCCUGCAGAAAGGUUCCCUUGGGUCAUUCUUUGGGCUCUCUGCUCUUUAUAUUUUUGUUCUACUCUUCCAUUUUCUUGCCCUCCCCUAGCCCUUCGCCUAAGCUCAGCCCAGGUGUGUGCUCAGGGCAGCUCUUAGGCCUGGCCCAUCUAGUUUCAUUCUGUCAUCACCCAGGCCGGUAGCUAGGUUAUCCCCUCUUGUAGCUCCAAACCUAGUGCUUAGAGCAGCAGUAUAGGGCAUUGACAGGAGGGAUACCUCUCUCUCAGAAGUUGCCAACCUAUGGCCUGGCUCCUAGGAAGCAGUUUUCCUUGAGGGGAACUGCAUCCUGGUUGACCUGGAGUCUUCAGACCUAGAAGGACUACUGUGCCCCCUUUUUCUCUUCAUUGUGCUUUCUGGCUAGAUCAGUUCAGCAUAGAGACCAUUUGGGCUGUUGGAGCCCAGUACAUUGCUAGGUUUCCUUGUCAGGCUGAUUGUGUCCCAUUGGCUUCCUUUUGAAGGGAGGACAAUGCAGUUGAUACUCAGGAGAGAGGCAGUGGAUUUGCUUCUUCAACUCCUGUCUUCCAGUUCCACCUCCUGCCUUCCUUUCCCCUAACCUGAGCAUGUCAUGCCAGGCCUCACUUCUACCAAGACAGCAGCUCACUCCUCAGCAAUAACCUCAAGUGUGGGGAAUGCUUAGGGUUAUGGGAAAGGACAGGAGAAAGAGGGGAGUGCUGUGGGCUCGAGGCACUUGGCCAACUGCUAAAUUGGACACCAGUUUUAUAUCAUGCCCCCUUUUUAAGCCGGUGAGCUGGGCUUCAGUUUCCCCCAGGCCAUGCAUACUUUUAAUUUAUUUGAGAAACUCUUAAUUGUAUUUUCACUGCAGUAUCUUGUAUUUUUUAUUUGUGAUUUAAGAAAUGUGAAGAGAAAAUACACAGACACAUAAUGGCUAACAGUGUUUCUUUCAUUCCUUGUUCUAGAGCUAACCACUCUAAAAUUGUUUGGUAAUGUCACUUAGUGUAAUUAAUUGUAACAUAUUCUUUUAAAUAAAUUGAUUUAUUGAUGAAACUA